AUGUCCGAGGAUGUAAGGGUGGUUUUCCUCUCAGAUGGGAAGCCUUUUGAGAAGCACAGUGUCCCAACACUCUUCGAGAAGCAGCUUUUGCAGAAACAACAUGCUCGAAGUUUUGAACUUCAUGCCGUCGCCUUUGGCUCUCAAUCUGAUCACUGGCAUCAUUUGCAGUGGUUGGCCGGAGUCACAGGAGGGACUUUUCAAACGUCAUCUUUGGACCAGCUGCAGCUGAGGGAGGCCUUUACUUCCAUUGCUGCUACCAUCACCGCAACAGACACAUCCAGCGAGAAAUCUACCACCAGUGGCGUUCCAUUGAGAGCAGCUGCCUUGGAAAUGCCCUUUGAUCCAUUGUAUCAUGAUGUCAAAUGCAAGCGAACAUGUAAGUUGAUCCAGCAUUUACACAAGAGGAAAUCUCGGUGGAAGUACGUGGAUGAAGAGGUUGUGCUCGAUCAGGAAGUGGCAGUGACAAUCCAGGCGAAACCCUUCAGCUACGGAGGAAUGCGCCUGGUUUUCGAUAUGUGGGAUGCAUCAGAGAAAAACAGGCGUCAUCCAAUGGUGGCUAAGCGCUUGAUUCUGAAGCCACAUGCAGACAAGGAAGAGAUGCUUCAUUUCUGUCGCUGCACAAGUAUCGCAAUUGGGCUCCGGGAAAGCUUCCUGAAAGCUUUGGCUAGGGUUGGUGCGCCGAUCAAGAUUUGGUUUGUUCCCUGCUAUUUGUAUGAGUAUACGUUCGGAGCUGGAACCUUCUAUUUUGUGGGCGAGCAAAAGCUAGAAGGACAUUUCGUGAAGUUCAACGGGAACAACGGAUACGUGAACGAAGACACCAAAUUGGAGGUCGAGAGUGAAAUUCUACAAGCCUUAAGCCACUACAGCUAUGUCAAAAGCAAGGGUGCCAUUUUGGCGGUCGACCUCCAGGGUAUCAUCGACAAUGGCAAUCUUCUCCUGACAGAUCCGCAGCUUCAUUCCAGAAGCAAGAAGUAUGGCAGAGGAGAUCUUGGCUUGGAAGGCUUCAAGCUCUUCUUUGAGAGCCAUAGAUGUGGGCCAACCUGUGAGAAGCUAAAGCUCAGCGGACAACAGUCUGAUCUCUUGCGGGAGCUCCAGCUUGAAAGGGAUCGACGAUGCCAGGUUUGCAUGAGCGCAGCUGCCAAAACUGUCUUGGUGCCAUGUGGGCAUUCGGCCAUUUGCCGAAGCUGCGCUGUGAAACUCAUGGAAUCCAACAGUGGGUUAUGCCCCCUGUGCCGGAAGACCUUCACAGGUUGGCGUGAAGGUGUUUACAGUAGCACCUUUGUGGCGCCGGAACGGGUGAGGCGUUAA